AUGAUACCUAGCUGCCUUGAUUCACUACAUUCUUUGAAUGCUGGAAUCAAGCCAUACGUUAAGUACUUGCUAACACAAGACAUCAGCAGGCUCAGCAUAGCAAAUGAACCAGUUCUUAUUACAGAUGCAAGUUCUGGAUGCCUGAGUCAGUCGACUGCUGUGGGAAACAGAUGUGACAGGUUCAAGCUGAAGAUUCCAUACGCACAACAAAGUCUUACUUGGGAAGUUAUCUUUGAUUCUGCAAAUUUGAAAGAGCCUCCAGAUUUUAUAUUUGAUCAAGAAGACGAUGAUUUUUGUCCUCCUUUGGAACAGAUCAAUAGCUUUGUUUGCUGGGACUGGCAGAACAGUGAGAGUUUGGCUGCAGUGUUGGUUGAAUUACUGGAGUUUUACAAGGAAUAUCAGCUGAAGAGGGCAGGCACAAACCUGGUUCUGCAGAGGCAUAUGGGCUCAUUGCUGGAAAUGAGCCCUGAUAGUCUGCAGGUUGUCGUCAACAAGAAAGAGAGAGGACUAGGCACCGCCAAUGUUCUAGUGAGGUUGGAAGAAAAUUUCUCAGAUCUUCCAGCGUACCUGGCCGAAGGCAACCCAGGUACUGACGCUGCUGUUCUCCAUGUUUGCUUUCCUUAUCCUGAAAGUGCAGCAGUUCAAACCCAGAUGUUUCUGUCUCCCAGACUCGACACAGCCUUUGGGGGAGCCAGUAGCCUGCACAUUCCUGUAUUUCAACAUGGCGUUCUUUUGGGGGAGUACGUGGAGAAUGUCAGACAGUUGCUGAAACAGCAGGUGAAGCUUGUGUGUGAAGGAUAUGAGAAAAGAAAAGACUACAUUGCAGCAUUUCUCAGCCAUUUUGGAACGGCUGUCCUAGAGUACGAUGCCCAGUCAUUUAGCAAAAUAUCACUCCUAUUUGAGUGGAAUGACUUCUUCUUCAUUUUUGCAGUUGAGCUGCCACUGUAUUUCCCAGCUGAUCACCCGACAUUUAUCUUCAAGUCCGUUUACCACAAUCAAAAUAAAAAGCCUUACACUGAGAGAUACGUCAACUUUCCCUACAGUCCUCGCUGGAACGGAAAUGAGAUGGCUAAAAGGGCAAGUGCUUUCAUUCUGAACACAAUCAAAGACUUCCAGAAGGCCUCAGUCAACAACUCAGACAAAUAG